UACGUCAGAGAGGGAGAGAGAAAUUUAAGCCCAGUAGAGAGAGAGAAGAGGCACCAAAGCAGAGAGAGAGAGAAAGAGAUCAGCACAAUGACCAUCACCGGGCUCCUUUUCGCGGCACUGCCUCUCCUUCUCUUCGUAUCAGCAAACAGACCCACGUACGAGCGUGUGUUCUCAGGUAAAAAGGUGGUCUGUGAGCGCUGUCCUCCUGGCACUCACCUGCAUGCCCACUGCACAGACACACACCCCACAGACUGUCGCCGCUGCAGCUCAGGAUUCUACACCGAGUUCUGGAACUACAUCUCUGAGUGCUUGCCCUGCAAGCUGUGCGCCCUCAACCAGGAGGAGACACAGUCAUGCAUGCCCUCCCAGAACCGGGUGUGUCAGUGCAAGGAGGGAUACUACUGGCUAUCACACUUCUGUAAGAAACACACUGUGUGUUCCGCUGGACACGGGAUCUUAAACAAAGGAACCCCAUACAAAGAUACAGAGUGUGAGACAUGCACAGAUGGUCACUAUGCAAAUGGAGCUGCAGGCAUCACACAGUGCACCCCACACACGGCCUGCCAGGGUGAUGAGAAGCUGGUGAUCCAUGGGACCGACUGGCACAACAACAUAUGCAUUACUUGCCACAACAUUACGACAAAAGGCUGGCCCACCCUCAUCAAGCCUCUCCUCUCAGAUCUGCUCGCCCAGCAGAAACAGCGCCGUCUGCAGCGCCUUUAUCGCCUUCUUAAAUUAGAUGGCACAGAUGGCACAGGUAGCAUAGGACUGCUGCACUGGCUCAAUAAGACUUCAGAACAGCAGCUGACUGACCUGCCAGCCAUUCUGAUUAGGGCAAACCUGCACAGCCUGGCUGACAACGUGGAGCAGAAAAUUAAGAGAUUCCAAGAAGAAGCCAAGUACUGUAGCAAUGACAUCAUGUAAAGAAUCGUUUUAAUACCUCUGUUUGGUUGCAGUCUGGAUGUCUGUAGCCGUUUAACUCCAGAGAUUUUACCCAUGAAGACUUCCUGGAGUCACUUCAUAUUAUAUUUUUUUGUAUUAGUUUUUGGCAGUUUUGAAAUUGAAAAUAACACAGACAAUUCAACUGGCACUGUUUCUUAAAUUCAUUGAUGUCUGUGUUGUAGUAAUGGCUGUAGCAGUGUGUGUUUACUGCAUUGUCUUUGAAAAUCUCUGUGCCUUGCAAUUGUUAUUUAUUUAUUUUUUUUUCCAUUUCAAUAAUUUAUAAAUCUGUGUAUACAUUUCAUAAUUCAGAUUUUUAUUGAAUUGAACCAUUUCUAGAUUUAGAUUAGAAGUAUCAAGUUUUAUUUUUUUAGAUUGUAUUGCACAUAAAACAUGAGCAAGCAGUUCACAUGAUCAUUUUAUUCCGCACUGUAUUAAAUUAAAUUUUUAUUUUUUUAAA